AUGGGUCAAGUUUUUCGGAAGCUCUUUGACACCUUCUUUGGCAACUCUGAGAUGCGGGUUGUGAUGCUUGGUCUUGAUGCUGCUGGAAAGACUACUAUACUCUACAAACUUCACAUUGGAGAAGUUUUAUCUACCGUUCCCACUAUUGGUUUCAAUGUGGAGAAAGUUCAGUAUAAGAAUGUUGUUUUUACAGUUUGGGAUGUUGGAGGGCAAGAGAAAUUAAGGCCACUUUGGAGACACUAUUUUAACAACACCGAUGGUCUGAUUUAUGUUAUUGAUAGCCUCGAUCGUGAGAGAAUAGGUCAAGCAAAGCUGGAGUUUCAGGCAAUCAUAAAUGACCCUUUUAUGCUUAAUAGUGUCAUAUUGGUGUUUGCAAACAAACAGGACCUGAGAGGAGCGAUGACGCCAAUGGAAGUAUGUGAAGGACUAGGUCUCCUUGAUCUAAAGAAUAGGAAAUGGCACAUACAAGGCACCUGUGCCCUCAAGGGAGAUGGCCUUUAUGAGGGCUUGGACUGGUUGGCUUCGACUCUGAAGGCGAUAAAAGCUGAAGGAACCUCGUCCUUCUAA